AUGGUGAGAACUCCUUUUACUGAUAAAAAUGGAAUAAAAAGAGGUGCAUGGAGUGAAGAUGAAGACAAUAAAUUAAGAGCUUUUGUUGAAAGAUUUGGUCAUCCCAAUUGGAGACAAUUGCCUAAAUAUGCUGGUCUAAUGAGAUGUGGAAAGAGUUGUAGAUUGAGAUGGAUGAAUUACUUAAGGCCUGGUUUGAAGAAAGGAAAUUAUAGUCAUGAAGAAGAGCAACUCAUUAUUAAAUUACACAACGAACUCGGAAACAGAUGGUCAGCGAUAGCUGCAAAAUUACCAGGAAGAUCAGACAACGAUGUAAAAAAUCAUUGGCAUGCUCAUCUUAAGAAACGUCUGAGAUUAACAAAUACCUAUUCAUCAACAUCAGAGCAAUUUACUCAUGAAUCUUCGCAGUUUGAUUCUCAAUCUUGUGAACAUGAUGAAGAUGGCUAUAAUUUAUCGAAUACGAUAAAUGGAAUGGACUGGAUCGAAGAAAAUAAUAAUCACAUUAAGACAAUGGAACAACUUUCAAGUAUCAAUACAGUGGAACAAUCACUUCCAAACAAUCCUCAGACAGAAACCUUUGAUUUUAAUUUUUGGUCCGAACCAUUAUUCGACGAUUUUUGGACACAAUCUCUCUUUCUUCAAUAA